GGGCUGAAAAGUUGUCCCACUCCGCCCCUGAGCAAAAGUCACUGAGCAGGAAAAACAUGACUUCUGUCGAUAGCAAAGGUUACUCCGCCUUAUUAGGAGAAAUGUCUCUGUGCGUUAUGGUGAUUGGGUAUGAGGAUUCAUGCAUCACAGAUGUAUCAAUAAAUCCAGCCUGUUGUUGAGGAACACCCAGAAAGUCCCAGAGAGAGCCACGUUGCAUGUGACUGUUCUGACUUUGUGUGAACUUUCUGUUGGUUGAUUUUGAUUACACUCACUGUAAGGUUCCUGACUCCAGACCCACCAGAAGGAGGAUCGGGGAUCACUUCAACAGUACUUUAUUUUGGUGCGCGGGUCUUUCACUUUUUUUUUUUUUAACUGCGUCUUAACCGAGUUUAGUUUCUCUUUCACUUGUUUUUUUAAACACGACGAAGUUUUCGCGGAAGUCUGUCUGUUCGGCUUUUAUUCUCUAUAUCUAUUUAAUACGGACGUCAUUUUGUCUUUCGCGAUAGGUUUUUAUUGGUCUUUUGAUACUUUGGUGAUUUAGUUUUUUUUUUCAUGUUACGUGCUCCAAUUUGUCGAUUAAAGCAAAGAAUGGCGUCGACGUCUUUGCUAGUUCUUUUCCUUUUAGAAGUCUGUUUAGCCUCCACCAACAUUCACUCGGAGAAAGUUCUCAACGUGUUAAAGGGCUCCACCGCUGUCCUCACUCCAGAUGAUAAAGGAAAGUCGAUCAGCAGCGUAACAUGGAAACAUGACGGGGAUCUGGCAGCAGAAUGGUUUGGAGGGAGUCCAACUUUCUACCGCAGCUUUAACGAUUCCUGCAGUUUAAACACUGAAACAGGAGAACUGACGAUCAAUGAAGUGAGACUGGAGCACAGCGGUUUGUACACCCCAGAGAUUAACAACAGAAUACUAAUUGAUAUCAGACUACAGGUUCUCUCUCCAGUCCCCAAACCCAGCAUUAUUUCUAACUGUAACUCUGAGGAAACCCAGUGUACCCUCACCUGUGUGUUUGACAGUACAGAUGAUCUGGGAGAUGUUCAGGUUUUCUGGAUUCUUGAUGACAUCCAUGUAAAAGAAGGCAGCGAGCUCUCCAUCACAAAGAAGACGAAGGAGAAGACUUUUAUCUGCAGACUGAACAAUACUGUCAGCUCUGAGAGCAGCAACAAGCUGAAAAACCAUCUCUUAGAUGAUAAAGCACAUUUCAUUUCAUUGGCUGUUCUGGUCCUGUGUAUCCUUUUAAUUUCCAUUGGGGUCCUGGUGUGUCUCCACAUAAGAAAACUUCAGAAAGGAAGAUGUUUGGGUGGACAAGAUCAUUUGUCUCAGGAUGUACACACCGAUGGUCAUGAGCUCGUGGUGGCUGGGCGCUCCCGCAGAAGUUCAUUCAACAACUUCGGAGUAGAGACUGGGGGCCGCCCCGAGAGAAACCUGUUGAGGCUUGUCGAGGAUCUGGUCCAGAUGCCUCCUGGAGAGGUGGACCGGCAUUUCUCACAUGGCAGAGGCCGCAGGAAAGACCCAGGACACCAGGAGAGACUUUGUCUCUCGACUAGACUAACACCUCAGUUUCACCCAGUGGAUCUGGAGGAAGUGGUCAGGAGAGGGAGGUCUGUGGAACUCUGUUACCAGCCUCCAGCAGUGAAAAUAAUAUACAAAUUCAAAUAAACAUUUCUAUUAAAAACUGAGUCCACUAUAAUCAGGAAUCUGUUCCAAGACUCAGACCUUCCAAGGACAUAAAACACCUCUGUGGAGAUUUAAUGGAGACAUUUGAGAAUCCUAUGAAGGAUUUACGGAACCAGAGAUGUAUCCUAAAAGGUCUUCAAAGAAUCUUUUCUGUCCCCCUCCCUGAAGGACCGAUUGCAGACCUCUUAGAAUCUAAGGUUUAUGACUAACACCUGUUCACCCAUAGGAGGACCCAGAGACUCAGCUCAGAACAAGCUGAGAUGAACCUUUGAAUUUACAAUUCUUUUAUUCACAAAUAAAGAUUUUAAACAUCUGUUCUUUUAUUUGUGGUGUUGAAUGUGAAUAACAUGAAAAUGACUGAACUUUAUUCACAGAUUUCAACAGGAAGCAGACAAAACUUCCACUAUAAUCUUUGUUGUUCAUGAAUAUGUGAUUUGUAUCUGAAUAUGAGUUUAGACAACAUUUAAUCAUGUAUUGAUAAACUGCAUGUUAAGAGUUAAUGAUAUGGAAUACAAUUCCUGCUUUGAUUUAAUCAUCUUUAUUUGACAAUUAAGAAACAUUAGAAUUACAUGUAGUUGAUCUUUUUCUAUGAGAAAUCUCUUCAUAGUUGAUUGUUUAUUCAUUAAGAGUUUGAAUGUUGAUUUUUAAACUUUGUUUAAGCUAAACUCAUUCUGAUUUAAACUUUAUGCAAACUUGUUUUAUCACAAAGUAUUUCAUGAUUGUUUGGUUUUCACAUGACUUCACUUUCACCAUGAAAUACACUGAUACCACACAUCUUUGAAUGUAACUAUUUUGAAGCUCAUCACCAUUUGUGCUUCUUAUUUUAUAAAACUGAUUGAACAAUCUGCUUUGAGACUAAUCGUCAGUGAACUUUAAAUCCAGCACACUUUUUCGACGACCAUCCACUCUUUUACUUUGCUCAUCCACCGACUUUCUCACACAUUCAUACACACACACACACAUUCACACACACUACAUUGAUUUUCUUUGUUUAUUUUGUAUAUAUUUUUAUGCUUAUCUCUUAAUAAAUAUCAAAAAGGCA